CAAACGAACCUCUCGACGCCGCGCUCCGCGGCUGCCGGCUGGGGCCGGGCGAGGGAGGGGGCUAAGCCCGAACAGCCCGACUCUGCAGUUGUCUCCCGAGCGCGGGCUGCGCCGCCCGAGCCGCUAGGCUGGGGAAGCACUAGCCGUUCGCUCACGGGCCGGCUCCUCCAGGCGCUCGCAGGCAUGCAGCCCGGGAGCAGGCGGCGCGCCCCGGGCCGCUGCUGAGCCGGCCCGGGCGGCGGGGACCAUCGCCUGCCGAACCCCUCCCACCUUGCCCCGGGGCCGACGAGCGGCGCCCCGGCACCCCCUCUUCGCCCGCAGCCCCGCCAGCGCCACCCCCCGCGGGCUGCAGGGGCUCAUGCAGCCGCCAAGGGAGAGGCUAGUGGUAACAGGCCGAGCUGGAUGGAUGGGUAUGGGGAGAGGGGCAGGACCUUCAGCCCUGGGAUUCUGGCCGACCUUCGCCUUCCUUCUCUGCAGCUUCCCCGCAGCCACCUCCUCGUGCAAGAUCCUCAAGUGCAACUCUGAGUUCUGGAGCGCCACAGCGGGUAGCCACGCGCCGGCCCCGGACGACGCCCCCGAGUUCUGCGCGGCGCUGCGCACCUACGCCCUGUGCACGCGGCGCACGGCCCGCACCUGCCGGGGGGACCUGGCCUACCACUCUGCCGUCCAUGGCAUCGAGGACCUCAUGAGCCAGCACAACUGCUCCAAGGAUGGCCCCACGUCGCAGCCGCACCUGCGCACGCUGCCGCCGCCGCCAGGGGACAGCCAGGAGCGCUCGGACAGCCCCGAGAUCUGCCACUACGAGAAGAGCUUCCACAAUCGCGCGGCCGCCCCCAACUACACGCACUGCGGCCUCUUCGGGGACCCGCACCUCCGGACUUUCACAGACCGUUUCCAGACCUGCAAGGUGCAGGGCGCCUGGCCGCUCAUCGACAAUAAUUACCUAAACGUGCAGGUCACCAACACACCGGUGCUGCCCGGCUCAGCCGCCACCGCCACCAGCAAGCUCACCAUCAUCUUCAAGAACUUCCAGGAGUGCGUGGACCAGAAGGUGUACCAGGCCGAGAUGGACGAGCUCCCUGCCGCCUUCGCGGACGGCUCCAAGAACGGCGGCGACAAGCACGGGGCCAACAGCCUGAAGAUCACCGAGAAGGUGUCGGGCCAGCACGUGGAGAUCCAGGCCAAGUACAUCGGCACCACCAUCGUGGUCCGCCAGGUGGGCGGCUACCUGACUUUCGCGGUCCGCAUGCCCGAGGAGGUAGUCAACGCCGUGGAAGACCGGGACAGCCAGGGCCUCUACCUCUGCCUGAGGGGCUGCCCCCUCAACCAGCAGAUCGACUUCCAGGCCUUCCGAGCCGGCGCCGAGGGCCCCGGCGCCCGCAGGCUGCCAGCCGCCAGCCCCGCCCCCUCAGCCCCCGACACCUUCCCGUACGAGACGGCCGUGGCCAAGUGCAAGGAGAAGCUGCCCGUGGAGGACCUCUACUACCAGGCCUGCGUCUUCGACCUGCUCACCACAGGGGACGUGAACUUCACGCUGGCCGCCUACUACGCCCUGGAGGACGUCAAGAUGCUCCACUCCAACAAGGACAAGCUGCACCUGUACGAGAGGACUCGGGAGCCCCCGGGCCGGGCGGCUGCCGCAGGGCCGCCCCCGGCCCCCUGGCCCCUCCUUGGCAGCCUUCUACUCUCGCCCCUGUUCCCUGUACUGCUGGAGACCGCCUAGGGCCGAGAGCGAGGCGUCCCCAAACUGGUCGGCGGCUGCACGAGGGCCGGUGGUGGCCUCCCGGUGGCCCCGCAGUCCCUGCAGGGCUCAGGAGCCCAGGCGGCCGCGUACCUCCGAGCUGCCUUGGGCUGCCUGCUGGCAAGGGCUGGGGGCGUGGGACGUCCCCUCCCCUCCCCCGGGGCCCGGGACAAGGUUGUGGUGACCGGUGCUGUGACGUUUGUGACAUAGAGCUGUGCAGAGGGAGAGCUGCCCCUCUCCGCCCGCCCCGCCGUGUGAAUGUGCAAAUCAGAGCCCCUCAGGCCUAAGCCCUCACCCCAACAGAGACACUGGGCGUGGGCAGAGUCGACCUGCCCUCACCCCUGCAAUGCACUGAAACAGGCCCGGCCGACCGCUGCACGCGCAUUCCGGGCCACCUGCGCCCACCCCACGCACACACACUCGUACACACUCGCACACACAAGGCCGGGGGCGGGGGGAGCGCGGAGGCAGCUUCGAGGCUGGACCCCUGGGCAGGGCAUCCUUUCCUCUUGGGCUUUAGGACACCCCCGGGGUGCUGCUUGGUAUCUUUAGAAAACUAAUGUAACCCUUUGGCCAAAAAGUUGUGCCUUCCCGCCUGUGGCCUCCCUGCGAGCCAAGGAGAGACCACCGUGUGCGCCCUGGCUGGGCACAGGCUCAGGCCCCAGUUACCAGGCCCCGCGGGUGGGGGAUGACACAUGUCGUCGGCACGUGCUCUGAGCAAUGCCUGCUCUGGCGCCUUCCCCCACUGCUCAUUCUCCUGUCCCCUGGUCCCCGCUGUUCUUUGGAAAUCGAGUCUUUGCUUCUAAAUGUCUAAACAGAGAACUACCCCCUUGAUUUCUGUUCCUUCCUCCCCAGCAGGUGGCAAGAGGCAGUGAGCAGGGGAGCUGAGGCCACAGGGUGCGGGCUGGAGACUCAGCGGAUGGGGCCAGCUGGCCUGCCCUGAUCCUCUGCUUUCUCUCCCCUGCCCCCCAGAGCCCUGCUCCCUGCCCUGUCCACCCAGGUCUGCAUUCUGGGGAGAGGCGCAGGGCCUGGAAGGUGUCUCAGCCCUUAGCAUCCCUGGCAGGAUCUCCUCCUUCUAGGCCUUCCUCUUAAGCCCCGUGGCCACACAGCCAGGAGACUUUCCCACCUCACGUCAGCCAAGCUGCCCAUCCGAGGAGCCCCGAACCAGUCCCACCUCUGCUGCUGUUUCAGAGAACCCCGGAGACCAGCACCGAGCUGGGCUCCACUCCUAAACGUGCGGCCGUGCUCCAGAGGGCGAUCCUCCCAGAAGCCCCGCAGGCCCCACUGUCCCCAGCCGCCCCUCUGCUGUUGCCCAGGGACCUCUCAUACACUGGCCCGGGAGGCUGCGGACUGGUCCCUGCCUCCCCCUCCGAGAGGUUCCCUCUCUCUGCCAAGCCGUGGGCUAGGCA